GGCUGCUCAGCAUUUAAAUUGUUUUUGGCAUUUUUGCAGAAUAAACUAUAUAAAUGGAUCCCUCGAAUUUGCCUUUUGGAUUCCCGGGUCUGCCCGGUCACGGACACAUGCCCAUACCGCCCACGGCCAAUAUGCUUGGCGCGCACGGACAUCCAGCGCCCACGGCCAGUCCGCCGCAAAGCGUGCCUGGACGUCGCACACCGCUCGGCUCCGUGGGCCUGGGCGGCUUUUAUGCCCAAGGUCUGGGCAUGUCGCAGCAGAGCAUGACGCCCACGGAUGAGAAUAAGCCCGGGCCCAGUGGAACCGAGAAGCCUCUGAGUCCCACGGCUGCGGCGAUUGCGGCCAUAAGCGGCGGCACCACCACAGCGGCCAUGUCCAGCAUUGGCGGUGUUGGCAGCGGCGGAUCUGGCGGAAGCGGCCCGAAUGGGGGCAAGCAAAAGAAUCGUCAGGGCAAGACGGUGCGACUGAAUAUCAAUGCGCGGGAGCGCAGAAGAAUGCACGAUCUGAACGAUGCGCUGGAUGAGCUGCGCAGCGUGAUUCCCUAUGCGCACUCGCCCUCGGUGCGAAAACUAUCCAAAAUUGCCACCUUGCUGCUGGCCAAGAACUAUAUAUUGAUGCAGCAGAAUGCGCUGGAGGAGCUGCGCAGACUGCUUGCGUAUAUACAGAGCACCACGGGCGCCGCUCCUCUCGAUUUGGGCGCCUUUCCGGCAGCGGCCAAGCUGCAAGCGCUGCUCGCAGGACCACACCAUGAGCCGCCCACAAGCAGCAGCAACAGUUAAAUGCUGCUCCACUAGAAGAAGCUGUUUGCCAUUAAGCAAGAGAGGAAGCAAUACACGUCUAUGUUUAAGUCAAUUGAAGAGCCAAAUAAUUGUGUACUAGUCAGGCCAGAAGGUUGAGCAUCUGUUAAGUGAUAUUUAGUUCUUUUAUAAGCAUUUCCUUUAUGCAUUUACAUAUAUACUAUAUAUAUAUAUUGUCUGUAUAGAUUGUAAGGCGAAUAUAAUCAGUACGCGCAAUAAAAUACAUUCUAGAACAACCAAUCGGAGAGAACAGGGCAGGUAUCUG